CUCACGCUUGAAUUUCUGUAAAUUUGGGCUUGCAUUACGAAAGGGAUUUGGCUUCUGAGAGUGUAAGAAUGAGAAGUGAGACUUGGCAUAGUUUGAUUCGACCAGCAAUGGCUGCCUUUUCCUGUCCUCUUCGAAUUCUUCGUUCUUACUCAACGGGAGCAGAAUUGGAGCCUCAACUGUCCCCAAAGCUCAUAAAGAUCAUGGAGCAGAGGCUGUCGCUUAUCGAGCAGAGGAGUGCUUGUCUUCAAAAUCUCAUAAACCAGCCUGAUGCCUCGGCUGAAGAGUAUGUGAGGGCUAACAAGGAGCUUCGGAAACUCAGCGCUUCCAUGGACCUUAUAAAUCAAUUAAGAGCCAACAGCAAGGAGAUUGAUGGUUUGAGGUCUCUCAUGGAUGAAUGUUCUCAAGAUAAAGACAUGAUUGAUAUGGCAAACAAUGAAUUGGGCCAGGCCAUUGAUGAAGAAAGAAGAUUGCAUGCUUCAUUACUCAAGUCCCUGCUUCCUAAGGAUGAUGCUGAUGAGAGGGAUUGCAUACUGGAGGUUAGAGCAGGAACUGGUGGGGAGGAGGCGUCUUUGUUUGCAAUGGACAUAUUCAAAAUGUAUGAUAGAUUCUCGCACAAAAAAGGCUGGAAGUUUGAAGUGGUGGAUAUUACCGAGUCUGAUCUUAAAGGAUAUAAGGAAGCUAGUGCAGCAAUCUCAGGAGCCGAUGUUUAUGGGAAACUGAAAUUUGAGAGUGGGAUUCACAGAGUUCAGCGAGUUCCUGUGACAGAGAAGUCUGGACGUAUUCACACUAGCGCCGUUUCUGUUGCUAUCCUCCCUCAAGCUGAUGAGGUAGAUGUCCACCUGAGGAACGAAGAUUUGAGAAUCGAUACUUAUAGAUCUGGUGGUUCAGGUGGUCAGCAUGCAAAUACCACUAACAGUGCUGUUAGAAUAACUCAUAUUCCAACUGGCCUGACUGUAGCCAUACAAGAUGAGCGAUCCCAACAUAUGAACAAGGCCAAGGGGCUUAAGGUGCUGUGUGCAAAGCUUUAUGAGAUAGAGAGGUCUAGAAUCCAGAGCAGUCGGUCAAAACUUAGAUCACAACAGAUUGGUAGUGGGGAUAGAUCCGAACGCAUCCGUACAUACAACUUUCCUCAAGGGCGUGUAACUGAUCAUCGGGUUGGCAUCACUCAUCACUCAAUAAAUGAUGUGAUGCAAGGAGAGAAUCUGGAUGUAUUUAUCGAUGCGCUUCUUUUGCAGGAGGAGAUGGAUGCGAUUGCUUCUUUUAGUUCUUCCUAGAGAAACUAGGAUGACUAACAAUAGUAUACCGUGGCAUUUGUGGUGAUAAUAUAAUGUUGUGGCUGUCAUGUUUUAUGCAGUUACAUCUUGUUAGUCUAUUUUUUGUAUGCUCUAGUAUUAGUGGAUUUGUAUACUUUUUAAA